UAUGGGUUGUACAUCUACAAAGCUAAAAUCUAAGAAGGAUUUGUGUUUUAUAAAUGUUCCUCCUUAGACUGGAAGAAAAAUGAGCAAAGAAGAAGGAAUCAUAACUAGAGAAUAUAAAAUUAACUCAACUAGGAUAACUUAGGUUAAAAAGUAAAUAGUUAUUGAAGUUUCACCCUUAAGUGAAAGAAAAAUUAUUUCAAAUAAAUUUAUACAAGAUGUACCAUAAAAUUAAUGAA